CCAACCGCUUCGUCGCUGUGCGCCGUCUGUCCCUCCGUCUCACUCUCCUCUAAAAGCUCCCAGUUAUCUAGGCAUCCUGGCCUCGGGUUGCGCAUUCCCCAUCUGGGCCUUUCUCCGCCCUGUCGUCUGCCCUACCAAUUGGGUCGUGAAGUUCUCGAUUAUCACAGUCAUCAAGCCCGUAGAACGGUUGCUUCAACUCUUGGUCUGAGUACUUCGAGUGAAGGUCAGCGACGCUGUGCCUCGUCUGAACGCUGUCUUGAUACGACCACCUCAACCAAGGAUGGUACUCGUGGCCAGAUGAUUCCAGACAGGGUACAUUCACCGAUGCGAACUACGCGACCCAAGGCCGCUUCUAACUGGGCCAAGCAAGAGCAGUCAGUGUGCAAGGACCGCAGUACCUCGUGUGAGGGACUUCCACCUCGAGACGAUGUUUCACGCAGGUCAAAUUCUGCUGUGCUCACAGCUCGCCUGAUCCACCGGCCGAAGCAGAACUACUCUGAGAAUACCCAUUCAGCAGAGCCAAGGACCAGAGCAGACCGAUCCUGCACAGAAGAAGAGGCAAAACAAUCUGAAAUGGAGGAUUUGUCUUGCAAUAUGCUCGAGUCACUGACGAUGCAUAAGCAGGUAGUCGGGGAACGCCGCCACCUCUACACGCCUUGGCAACCGAUGGCGAAGGGACGCCAAGUUGGACAGUCUUAUGGGGGCAAGAUAGGUCGAAUACAACAACAGAUGAAAGCGAAGCGAAGAUACUGCAGUGCCGAGCAAUUGUGA